AUGCAUGCAAGAAAAUCAACCAGAGGAUCUGUCCCAGAAACGUUUUCUGUCCAGGGUAGAGAGGGCUCGUCCUAUGUUCAUAAUGCGAUUGCAAAUAUUGUCACCAGAAUCUUGAGUGAAGGGCACAAGGUUGAAGGAAUUUCUGUCCCUCUAGCCCAAAUGCCUGCUUCCGAUGAUGAUCAAGGUGAGCAAGAUGAUGCCAGCAAAGAUUCUGAUAAAAAUGUUGAGACAUCUGCUGAUAAAAAUUAUGAGACUCCUGUUGUUGCUAAAGAUGUUGAGACAACUGUCAAUAAUGAUGAGACCCCUGUUGCCAAAGAUGUUGAAACAUCUGAAGCUAUCAAUGUUGAAGCAUCUGGUACCAAAGAUGAUGAGACUCUUGCACCUGAGAAAAAUGAGGAGUGGAAAUUUGUGUAUCAAAGAAGGCUGGCCCUUGAAAGAGAGUUAGCAAAUGAUGCUCUGGAGAAUCAAGAGUCUGCUGAUAGUGAUGAUGAUCAUGCUGCUGGUGGUGAUGGUGAGAAAAUGAAUGCUGAUAUGGAUGCUGAUAGUGAGGAUGAAUAUAAGUCUGGUAGCUCUAGUGAUGAAGAGAUGAGUGAGGAGGAUGAUGAUGGUACUGCUGGCUCUGAAGAUUAA